GUUUUGGACUGCUUUAAAGGCCUGAUUUCUUAUGAGGGGCCUUCAUUGAACAUGCAAUCACCGCCCCAGUCAUUCCGUACGGCCGUCUCGACACCGACUCCUUACGCGACGACUCUGAAGAGGGCCCGUUCACCUGGACCUGGGUCGCCGACGACGGCGGAGAGGCAAGUUAAACGCGUUGCGCUUGCUAUCGCAAAUGGGGGCGACGCGGCAACGUCUGUGCUCAAUGUGAACCGUCGUGUUUCGUUCGCCGCGUCGGACGUCAGCGAUCCGUGUCAUUUUCCUCUGUCUUCGUCUUCGUCGGCGUCGAUGCCCCUGCAUUUGUCGGGACACCAGCCUGGAAUGGGAUUCCAGGACGAUUGGAUACGUCCAAGCAAAGGACCUUGCGAUAUUGCACCGGGUGGCGGUGGUUCGGACGAGAAUAUGAUCAUAGACAUGCAGCCCCAUUCGCAUCCUUAUUCGGACGCGCCCAUCAUCCCUGAGGAGUCCGCUAUGUCAAUAUUGUCAUCACCCAGAUCUUCGUCGCACAACCACCACCAUAAUACUACGAUUGCAAUGGACGACCAUAAUACCCGUGAACACACAAUCAUACCAGCUUCGACCACUAUUACUACUACGUCGUCUUCGUCAACUUCGCCCUCGCCCCCACCAUCAUCAUCAACAUCCUCCAUGGCGCCAUCGGCCGCAUAUCCCCCGGCGAUCUACUUUUCCCCCGCAACCCCGUCUUCCGAGGCACCCACGCCUCCGUCGCAUGACUACGGUUUUCGAGAACAGGAACACGAAUUAUGUGCUGGCCCAUCCCACCACCACCACCACCAACAUGGUAUUACCACUAUAGAACGCUCGAGCGGGGUAUCGUCGUGCUUACCGCCUUCUUCACCUUGUUCGUCUGGACCAGGAAGGAAACAGCGAUUUACUAUGGGUCCUCGGGUAGAUUGUAUGAAGUGUAGGAUGGGUGUCAAGGGUCAUUGGGUGCAUUUGGAUUGAGAGAGCCUGUCUAUUAUGUAGACAUUUUCAAUUAGCCCCUGAGAGGGUCCAUUACGUGAUUGCGUUCGUGAACGCCGUCACUAGCGUCGGGGCUUCGGCUCUACCGUGGUAACCAUUGCUUUCUCUGCUUGUCUGUGUACUAUGCGCUUUUUGUAGUUCUUACUACCCUUUCAACCAAAAGAGCCUCGAUGCCGCUUAGUAUUCCGACUAGAUGCGCUUGCUAUCUGUCACGACCUAACUAUGGGUGUAUUGAUGUGCUUGACCGCUGUGAAGUACAAAUUGGACUCAUUCCGCCAGCUCUCAGCAACAUGCCUCCCGCCACUCCAG